CCGGCGGAAGGCGCCAUGGCCGGGCCCGAGCUCCGUGCCGCUCUGCAGGCGCUGCUCCGCGAGCUGGCCAUCCCCACCGUGAGCGUGGAGCACCCCGAGGUGUUUACAGUUGAAGAAAUGAUGCCUCAUAUCCAACACCUGAAAGGGGCACACAGCAAGAACCUAUUUCUUAAAGAUAAAAGGAAGAAGACUUACUGGCUGGUAACAGUCCUUCAUGAUAGGAAGAUUAACUUGAAUGAUCUGGCCAAGCAACUUGGUGUUGGGAGUGGAAAUCUGAGGUUUGCUGAUGAAAUGUCUAUGCUAGAAAAACUGAAAGUUGGCCAGGGCUGUGCCACACCUCUGGCUCUCUUCUGUGACCAGGGAGAUGUGAAAUUUGUUCUGGACUCUGCUUUUCUGGAAGGUGGAUACGAAAAGGUGUACUUCCAUCCAAUGACAAACACAGCCACGAUGGGCUUGAGCCCCGAUGACUUUCUCACGUUUGUGAAGAAGACUGGGCAUGAUCCUAUAAUAUUAAAAUUUGAUUAAACUAAUGGGCCAACAUUUUGGAUAAAAUGUAACUUUGGAAGCUGUCAAGAAUGCUUAAACUUCCUUUGUUUAAAAUUUAUCAAAACUGUUGAAAAAUGAGUAGUAUCCUUAGGCCCAAUCGUAAGAAAUCUUUGUGGUUUUUAUACAACUUUUACAAGUUCAUGUGAGACUUAAGAAGGAAACCCUUUUAGUCUAGUCUACAGGCAUCACAAAAUCCCAGAGUUGGAAGCUCAUUUGCUUUUAUUCAUCAUCAUUUAUUAAGCACUUCCUACAUAUAAGGCUUUAAACUAAACAGUGGAUAUAAAGGAUUCCCCAAGGAACUUUCAGUUCAGUUUGGUGGGGGGGGGAACACUCAUGUACACAAAGUAUAGUAACUAGGUAGCAUGUGAUAGGGGCAAGACCUGAAGCGCUCUAGGGGAAAUCUGAGGAGAGAAUGCUUUUAGCUGGAAGAGAUCAGAGCAUACCAAAAAGAUGUGGCACCUGAGCUCACUCUUGGGCAAUGAAAAUGCAAACCUGAGUUUAGGAUAUAACUAAAGAUCAACUUUACCUGGCACAUAGUAUGUGAAGUGAAAUAAUGUUAAAAAAGACAAGAAAGGCACACUAACCAGCUGAGUGCCUUAAAUGCUAAGCCAAGGCUUCAGUAGUCAGGAAGACUUAAUGAAAAUUAAUUUUUAAGAGUUGUUAGAGCAGGUUGUCCAACCCAUACCUGUAUAAGACCACCCCCAUGUGGCAAAGUGCAAUGACUAGGGACUUAGGACACACCCCACUUGAAAAAGCCUCUUCAAAACUUAGAGGAAUGGAAGGGUAGGGAGUUAACACAGACACACUUCUCUGAGCCUCAAUUCCCUCAAAAUAAGGGGUUAAUAUUAUCUUUGGUACCUAUUUCGUAGGCUUCUUGUGAAAGUGAAAAAAGUGUAAGUGUUCAUUGUCAGGCUACCAUGCCUAACAAAUGAUCAUCCAACUUCUGCUGUGUGGUGCAGUGGAGUCAGGAAGCUCCAAGUUCAAAUCCAGCUUACUAGUCCUGUGAACCUAGCCAAUGUCACUUAAUAUGUAUGCCUUGAUUGCCUCAACUGUAAAAUGAGGAUAAUAACAAUCCCUACUUUUAAGGUUUUGAGAAUCAAAUGAGAUAAUAUUUAUAAAGUGCUUGGCACAAUGCUUUGCACAUAAGAGGUGCUAUAUAAAUGCUUAUUCCCUUCCCUGUUUGAAAAUUUGCAAAAAAUUAGAAACCAAUUACCUUCAAAGGCAAUCCAUUUCACUUUUAGAUAGCUCUGUCAGGAAGUUUUCUAUCAAGCCUAAAUUUGCCUCUACAAAUUUUUACUGCCUGGUUUUGAAUUUGGCAGGCACGCUCGGGUGUGGAGUAGAGAAACGAACAAAUCAAAUCUUUUCUAUAUCCCUUAAAAUUAACUUAAAGACAUCUAAGAAUUAGAAAAUUUCAGAGUACUUUGCUCUAAAUCUUCUCUAGGCUAAACAAUCACAGGUUCCUGCAACCAGUUUCUCAUCUAGCAUCCUGUCCUUUCCUAAAAUCUAGGACAGAUUCCCUCUGAAUAUAACUUUUCAUUCUUGAAAAGAUUGCUCUCCAGUUUUGCUUUACAUGUUAAUAUCACUUCUAAAAUAAACCACACUUGGAUUUUUUCAUCUUUUAAAAAACCGACCGUAUAUAAUCCUCCCAGCCAAAACCCCUCUGUCCCACAGUAAAGAAUAGCAACGUAAAAAUUCA